UCAUACCUCAUUUAAUUAGAUUUAAAAUUACAAUUGAAGUUGAAGCUUGCAAACCAAUGUUAAGGUAAGAAAGGUGAACAAAAAUGUUGUCUCCCCACUUUUUCACUCAGUUUUGUCAAGAGCUAUUGUCCUUUUCUGCUUCUUCAAACGCAAUGUUGAAGUUGUUACGUCGCAAAAACAUUCUAAUCACAUUCAACAAAAACCUUUCAUCAAUCACCAAAUCAACCUCUUUCUCUUCAAACUCCUUCAUAAAAAACACAAACACCAAAAACAACAUCACAAAAACAACUUCACUCAAAAAACAACACCUUCACAUCUCAAACAAACCCACCACAUUACCUUCUUUACGCGAAUGCAACGCACUUCUUCAUUCGUUAGUUAAAUCAAAGAAGUUUGAUUCCGUGUGGAGUGUUUAUAAUAACUUGUUGUCGCGUGGGUUAUUGCCUACUCUGAUCACAUAUGGAAUUUUAUUGAACUGUUGUUGUAAUCAGGGUGAUUUUAGUAAUGCCCGCAAGGUGUUUGAUGAAAUGAUUCAAAGAGGAAUUGUACCUAAUGUGGUGGUUUACACUACUCUUAUUCGAGUUUUUUGUAAUGAGGGUGAUAUGGAUGAAGCAGAGAGGUUUCUUAAGUUGAUGAGGGAAUCUGGGGUGGAACCGAAUUUGUAUACUUAUGUUACUCUUAUUGAUGGGUAUUGUAAAACGGGUAAUGUUAAACGUGUUUUUGAAAUUUAUAGUGAUAUGUUACGGAAUGGUUUGCAUCCUGAUGUUGUGACUUUUGCGAUUUUGGUAGAUGUUUUGUGCAAGGUGGGUGAUUUGGAGGCUGCGCGGAACUGCUUUGUUUAUAUGGAUAAAUUUGGUGUUUUUCCUAAUUUGUAUGUUUAUAAUUGUUUGAUUGAUGGUUACUGUAAGGCGGGGGAUUUGGUUGAAGCAAUGCGAUUGCGAGAUGAAAUGGAACGGAAUGGAGUUUUCGGGGAUGUUUUUACUUGUAGUAUACUUGUUAAGGGUUUAUGUGACUCGGGUAGGUUUGAGGAAGCUAAGAAUUUGAUGGAGGAGAUGGAAAAAGCAGGGGUUUUUGCUAAUGCUGUGACUUACAAUGCGGUGAUCGAUGGAUACUGCAAAAUGGGUGAUAUGGAGAAGGCUAUUGAGGUGUGUUCACAAAUGACUGAAAGGAAGAUAGAACCCAAUGUGAUUACAUUUUCUACAUUGAUUGAUGGGUUUUGCAAGAAAGGGAACAUGAAAGCUGCUAUGGGGUUGUAUAUAGAAAUGGUUAUCAAAGGUCUUGUGCCUGAUGUGGUGACUUACACGGCUUUGAUCGAUGGCCAUUGCAAGGUUGAGAAUAGCAAAGUGGCUUUCGAAUUGCAUAAGGAGAUGAUGGAAGCAGGACUAACACCAAAUGUUGUCACAGUUACUUCUUUGAUUGAUGGCCUCUUGAAAGAAGGAAAGACUUACGGUGCAAUCAAACUUUUCUUGGAGAAAACUGAAGUUGGUUCCCCUGGAGGUAAAACGGAUCAUAGCGGGGUGUGUUCUCCAAAUGAGGUUAUGUAUGCUGCUUUAAUUCAAGGUUUAUGCAAAGAUGGGCGUAUUUUUAAGGCCACUAAGUUUUUCAAAGAUAUGAGAUGUAGUGGUUUCAAACCAGACAUGGUGCUUUAUGUUAUCAUGUUGGAGGCACAUUUUCGAUUCAAGCACAUGUUUGAUGUAAUGAUGUUGCAUGCAGACAUGCUGAAGACGGGUGUUCUAAGAAAUACUUCCGUAUGUCGUGUGUUGACUAGAGGUUACGAAGAGAAUGGAGGUUUGAAACUAGACCGAUACAAAAAAUAGAAAAAUCCAUUAAGUGGAUGAGCUUGCAUUGCUGUGCAUGGUAAUGAAAUUACCUGUAAACUUUACAUGUCAUGAAGGGUCAAUUGGGUAGACUUGGGAUGUUUGUGAACUGAAAUUGCAACUCGGCUAACUCAGGGGAUUCUCAAUUUUCCAUGCUUAACAUUAGUGCCAUCAUUCAUCAUUGAAUCAAUGAUUUUUGGCUACUAGGAGUAUGUUGCUGUUUUUUGUUUCUGCUCAUUCAUCUCUAAUGCACAUGCCAAUACUUACUUUAUCACCAUGAGUCGGAAAAGAGGCGUCAACGUUGCAUUUUGUUCGUCCUGCUGCUGAUUUUUUCCAGACACUACAACUUGGAGCAGCCUGUUCCAUAUCAGUUCGGACUGCAGCUUCACAAACAAUUUCCGAUCGGACAAUAGCGCUUGAGCGCGCAUGAGAACAUUAGUUUGAGCAUCUUUAGUAUUGUUCCAGACUUCGUUGUUCCAUUGCUUCCAAAUCAAAUUUCAUGAGCCAUAUCAUUGUAAAAAUAUCACAAAUCUAGGCUGAAAUGUUAGCUUAACAAAAUUAGAGGUUUGGUUGGACUCUCGGAACAAUUAUAUGAUAUGUAACUUGAGCAAGUCCUCACUUGAAAAUAGUUGAAUGCUUAUGAUUCUCACG